AUGCAUCGCCAUUCGCUCAAGCACCUGAAGUUUCUUUCCCAAAAAAUGUCUGUGGCACGGACACUGACGACCUUGUCCGUCCGGCGGGGCGAGCGCGAGCUCGUGGCGCCGGCGAGGCCCACGCCCUACGAGUUCAAGGUGCUCUCCGACAUCGACGACCAGGAGGUCCUCCGUUUCUACCGCUCCGGCGCUUUCUUCUACCGCGGCGACGCCUCCAAGUCCGGCAUUGACCCGGCGAAGGCCAUCAAGUCGGCUAUCUCGGAGGCGCUCGUGCACUACUACCCUCUCGCCGGCCGGUUCCGGGAGCUCCAGCCGACGAGGAAGCUCGUGGUCGAGUGCACGGGCGAGGGCGUCGUGUUCGUCGAGGCGGACGCCAACGUCCGGAUGGAAGACUUUGGAGACUCAGUGGCGCCGCCGGUGCCGUGUUACGAUGAGCUGUUGCCCGAGCAGGAGAGCGCGACCGCCGUUGUCGUCGACCGGCCUUUGCUCUUUGCUCAGGUGACGCGGCUGACGUGCGGCGGCUUCGUCUUCGGGUUCCAGAUAUGCCACUGCAUCGCCGACGGCCCGGGGAUCGUGCAGUUCCUGACGGCGCUGACGGAGUUCACCCGCGGCGUGCCGGGCGCGCCGACCCUGUGCCGGAGGCCCCUCGGCGAGGCGCUGCGGCUGCUGCUGGAGGCCAAGGCACGGGCGGAGCAGGAAGGGUACGUGCAGUCGGUGGCCGGCUUCAACGCGGCGCACAGGAGGCCGGCGUUCCCCAAGGCCCGGACGUACCUCAUCUCGGACAUGACCCAGGGGGGGAUGAUGGCGGUGGACUUCGGGUGGGGCACGCCGGUGUACGGAGGCCCGGCGACGAUCAUUCUGGCCACGUUCCAUCUGGAGGGGAGGAACGAGGCCGGUGAGGCAGGCGUCAACGUGCCGACGAGGUUGCCGGUGCUGGCGCUGGAGCGGCUGAAGGUGGAGGUGAGCAAGGGGCUCAUUACGGUCAGCGGUGGGACUGUCAGUGAACCUGAUGCGGACAAGAACAAGUCAGCCUUGGUUUCUGGUCACACUCUCGCAAAGCUGUAGAAGCGCUGUGGUGGUAGGCUUCUGCGUACACAACAUCAAAAAAGCACCAAGUUCGGCCACUGUUGUGCUUGUGCUAGACAGCCAGGUCGUGGCGCUAGUAAUGCAUCUCUUGUGGAUUGUUUCCACCGCGGUAUAUGUUGUCUGGUUUUCUUUGAUAUAUACUUGUAAAUGGGUUUUUUCCUCGUCAGUCGUGUGUUUUUAUCUAUAAUAACUAGCACACAUGCAUGUACGUUGCAACAAGAGAAUAAAUAGUGUGCAUUUGAAUUUAGUGG